UAUAUAUAUAUUCAUAUAUACAUAUCAGAGGAGUAAAAAUCACUGUGGAACUUUCCGGGAGGGCAAGGCGAGGCGAGGCAGAGCUUCUAUCGUUCUCCGAGAAGAUCCGAAAUCUCUGUGGAGACCAAAUUCGCCAUUUUAGCUCUCGCGUAUUUGAAUGAAUACAUACGUCGUGAUGAUGAUGUAUAGUUAAUGGAUACAUCUCGAAACUGAAUUCACUAUCUCAAUGAUUUGAAUCUGAGAAUCUCUCCGGCGUUUGCGUUUCUGUUUGUUUAGUCUCUCUCUCUCCGGCGGAGCGCCACUUUUCUCUCUCGGUUUCCGUGUUUGUUGAUGCUCUUCUAAACUAUCACGAGGCCGAGUUCUUCUAAUCCUCACUGCGUGAGAGAUGGUAGCUUUUGGGAAAAAAUUGAAGGAAAGACAGAUUCAAGAAUGGCAAGGUUACUACAUCAACUAUAAAUUAAUGAAAAAGAAAGUGAAUCAUUAUGCUCGCCAAAUUGAAAUUGGGGCACUAGACCGCCGACAGGUUCUGAAAGAUUUCUCAAGAAUGCUAGAUAGCCAGAUCGAAAAGAUUGUCCUUUUUCUGUUGGAACAACAAGGGCUACUUGCAAGCAGGAUAGCCAAGCUUGGAGAACAGCAGGAUUUUCUUCAACAGCACCCAGAUAUAUCAAAAAUAUCUGAAUUGCGAGAAACUUACAGAGCAGUGGGGCGAGAUCUUUUGAAGCUUCUGUUUUUUGUUGAGAUCAAUGCCAUUGGACUGCGUAAGAUACUGAAGAAAUUCGAUAAGCGAUUUGGCUAUAGAUUUACUAAUUACUAUGUCAAGACUCGUGCUAAUCAUCCUUAUUCACAGCUGCAGCAAGUUUUCAAGCAUGUGGGGCUGGGGGCAGUUGUUGGAUCUCUGUCUCGCAAUCUUGCAGAUCUUGAGGAUCGUCAGGGAAGCUACUUGUCUAUUUAUGACCAACCUGCUCUUCCGUUACAGGACCCUGUCAUUGAUUCAAUAAAAGCAGCUGUCGACAGAUUAACACACUCAACAAAUUUCCUCCACUUUUUGGCACAACAUGCACUUAUAAUGCAAGAAGAGUUACCUAGUCCAGCUGAGGAACAUGUUGAUGAUGAGAGAUACCAUUUUAUGUCGCUUUUAUUGAACCUAGCAAACACCUUUCUCUAUAUGGUUAACACAUACAUUAUUGUUCCAACAGCAGAUGAUUAUUCUAUGAGCCUGGGUGCUGCAGCAACUGUUUGUGGGAUCGUGAUUGGUGCAAUGGCUGUUGCACAGAUUUUUUCUUCUGUAUAUUUCAGUGCAUGGUCAAAUAAAUCAUACUUCAAACCUUUAGUUUUUAGUAGUAUAGUUCUGCUCGUGGGAAAUGCCUUGUAUGCAUUAGCAUAUGAUCUUAAUUCCAUUGCGGUUCUUCUUAUUGGUCGCCUUUUCUGUGGUUUUGGUUCUGCCAGAGCUGUUAACCGGCGUUAUAUCAGUGAUUGCGUACCACUCAAACUCCGCAUGCAGGCUUCAGCAGGUUUUGUUAGUGCUAGUGCUCUUGGAAUGGCUUGUGGUCCUGCAAUUGCUGGCUUGCUUCAAACUAAUUUCAAGAUUUCCAAGAUCACGUUUAACCAAAAUACUUUGCCUGGUUGGAUCAUGGCUAUAGCAUGGCUUAUUUAUUUAAUAUGGUUGUGGAUAUCAUUUAAGGAGCCCCCGCACCAGAUUAAAGAGAAUACCAUACAUAAAGGACUUGCCGAUGAAAAACAGAAUGAUGCAGUGGAAAAGGGUCUUGGGAAACCAUUGCUCUUAGAUUCAGAAGGAAACCAACAAGAUGAAGAUGGUGACCAAGAAUUGGAUGGAAGUGAAGAAGCUUCUGAGGAGUCUCGUCGACCAGCAACUUCUAUGGCAUCAGCGUAUAGAUUACUAACACCAUCUGUAAAGGUGCAAUUGCUGAUUUACUUCAUGCUUAAAUAUGCAAUGGAGAUUUUGCUAUCAGAAUCUAGUGUCGUAACCACAUUCUACUUCAACUGGUCCAUGAGUACAGUAGCAAUUUUUCUUGCAUGUCUUGGCCUAACAGUUCUCCCUGUGAACAUUGUUGUUGGAAGCUACAUCAGCAACAUGUUUGAAGACAGGCAAAUUUUAUUAGCAUCUGAAAUUAUGGUUUGCGUGGGCAUACUUCUAAGCUUCAACAUAAUGAUUCCAUAUUCUGUGCCACAAUAUGUCUGCUCUGGACUCAUAAUGUUUGUUUCAGCUGAAGUACUGGAGGGUGUGAACUUGUCUCUUCUCUCUCGAGUCAUGUCAUCUAGGUUAUCUCGUGGAACUUACAAUGGUGGAUUGCUUUCAACUGAAGCUGGAACAAUCGCUCGAGUGGUUGCAGAUGUCACAAUAACUGCAGCUGGGUACUUGGGUGAGAGUGUCCUCUUGAACGUCACUCUGUUGCCUUCACUCUUAAUUUGCAUAGCCUCCAUUAUCGCCACUUUCUGUACUUUCAACUCUCUUUAUUAGUCUAGGCGGGGCCCCCUUGUUAUACUGACAAAUCAAUCUUGUCAGUUCCCUUUGAUAUUUAAUUAAUUAAUUAAUUAAUUUCGCUGGUCAGGUAGUUUGUUUC